CUCGGUGUCGCCGGCUGCGCCCCGACUCAGCGCCGCCAUGGAGAGCGGAGGGCGGCCCUCACUGGGCCAGUUCAUCCUCCUGGGCACGAGCUCUGUCGUCACCGCCGUCCUGUACUCCGUGUACCGGCAGAAGGCCCGGGUCGCCCAAGAGCUCAAGGGAGCUAAGAAAAUCCACUUGGGUGAAGAUUUAAAGAGUAUUCUUUCAGAAGCUCCAGGAAAAUGUGUGCCUUAUGCUGUUAUUGAAGGAGCUGUGCGAUCUGUUAAAGAAACGCUGAACAGUCAGUUUGUUGAGAACUGCAAGGGGGUAAUUCAGCGACUGACGCUUCAGGAGCACAAGAUGGUGUGGAAUCGAACAACCCACCUUUGGAAUGACUGUUCAAAGAUCAUUCACCAGAGGACCAACACUGUGCCCUUUGAUCUGGUGCCUCAUGAGGAUGGCGUGGCUGUGGCUGUACGAGUGCUGAAGCCCCUGGACUCUGUGGACCUGGGCCUGGAGACUGUGUACGAGAAGUUCCACCCCUCGGUCCAGUCCUUCACCGAUGUCAUUGGCCACUACAUCAGUGGAGAACGGCCCAAAGGCAUCCAAGAAACUGAAGAGAUGCUGAAGGUGGGGGCCACCCUGACGGGGGUUGGUGAACUUGUCCUAGACAACAACUCCGUGCGUCUGCAGCCCCCCAAGCAAGGCAUGCAGUACUACCUAAGCAGCCAGGACUUUGACAGCCUGCUGCAAAGGCAAGAGUCAAGCGUCAGACUCUGGAAGGUUCUGGCCCUGGUGUUUGGCUUCACCACGUGUGUCACCCUCUUCUUUAUUCUCCGGAAACAGUAUCUGCAUCGGCAGGAGCGCCUGCGCGUAGAGCAGCUGCAGGAGGAAUUCCGGGAACACGAGGCCCAGCUGCUGAGUCAAGCUUUGCCCGAGGACCGGGAGAGUCUGAAGAGUGCCUGUGUCGUGUGUCUGAGCAGCUUCAAGUCCUGCGUCUUCCUGGAGUGCGGGCAUGUCUGUUCCUGUCGUGAGUGCUACCAUGCCUUGCCAGAGCCCAAGAGGUGCCCCAUCUGCCGGCGGGAGAUCACCCGGGUGAUUCCCCUGUACAACAGCUAGCGGUUCUGCAGCGCGUGGCUGCACUUGGAAGCGGCCCUCCCCGAGUGGGGAUUCAUUCUUGAGGCCUUUCGAAGAGCAGCCAUGGGGGUAGCUCUGCCUCCGGGUGUGACUGAGUGGAGUCUCUCCAGACCCACACCUCCACCAGCAGAGAGCCUUUCUGACCUCCCCAGAGCAUCUAGAGGGGCCCCACCCUGGGUGGGUUCCAAGGCCUGGCAUUUUUUCCUAGGAACCUGCUGGGGGUGUGUAUGUGUAAGAUAAAGCAUCCUGUCACCUCAGCACCAAAGCCACUGAUCUUUUCUGGUGACUCUUGGUUGCUGCAGACCUCAGAGACGAAAGGCUGAGCCCGGGGCCUUCCAGAGCCGUACCUGCAGAGACUGCCCUCGCUUUCUUCCUUUUGCUUCCACUGGGGAUAAGGUCUUUCUUCAAAUUGUCAGGCUGGGAAGGUCACUUGUGUCUUUCCCCUCACCUGCUUGCCUCCCAAAUGUGUGCACACAUGUGGACAGGGCAGGAGGGGGUGAGGUCAGCACAUCUGCUUCUGUCUACACAGUGGGACACGGAUCAGCAGACACCAAGAGGUGUCUCUCGCUUGGUCUGACAGCCCUGCUGGUAUCUUCACUGACCAAGGGCGGGACACAGAGAGCAGACCUCUGGCCCUAAUGUGGAGCUGCUGCAGCUGGGCAGGCCUGGGUAGCUCUGGAUUGCCUGACAAAGGAUGAGCCCGAAAGGCCUCCCCUGAAGGAAGCAGCGAGGGCACAGCCCUCCUGGCCCCCAGCUCUUGCAGCUUCUUUGUGGCAGCUUCUUUGCUUGCUUUUGUCUAGGAAAAGUAGCCAGCUGGCACCCUGAGCUCUGGGCCUCUCAAGCCCACCCCUUGACCCCUGCCUGCGGCCCGGGCACAAUCCCAGCACUGUGUUCCCUGUUACCCUCCACUCCUCACGCCCCUGUGCUGAGCCUGUGAGUGCAGGAGAAAUUGGGGAGCGUCCUUCCUGCCUCUGAGUGGCCAAGAAUUGUGCACACAGCUCUUAUUUCCCUUCUGUGUCCUUGAACAUUCAUCCCCUGCUCCUCCUCUGUGUGGGGGGAGGGGUGCUCUCAGGGGGCUGACACUAGCGAUAAGCAGUGUCCUAUGUGAACAGCACAAAUUAAACUUUGCGGCCUUGUG